ACUGUGCUGCGUGCGCAGCUUCAGUCUGGAGUCGAGACCGCAAUGAAGAGAUAAAUAGAAGCCUUAUCGUUUGAUUUGGGAGUAUUAGGGCUUCCAUUCAUUGCUAAUUGAGAGAGGGCAGCUGACUUGGAAAGCUGCUAAUGCGUCCGUCUGCUCGGGAGAAAGAGGAAGGAGUGAGAUACUGAGGAAACUGAGAGGAGAAUCUACUGGAAACGUCUUGCUCAUGCAUGCAGGCAGGCAUAAUGGAUGAGACCUGUCACUAGCACUUGAUGAAGAUUCCGAUUGACUCCUGAAACUGAACCAUGGAGGGUAGCGAUGAUGUGUCUGUAACCGGGACACAGUCCCAGACGGACGUGUGCAGCGCUGACGUGGGAGGAGGAGAAAUCCCCAGUAAAGUGGAGGAUGGAGGAAACCCGCUCAGUCCUGCUGAGUCCUGCGGCGGCGGCGGCGGCAGUGCGACAGGACUGAGCAAAGGCGGGCUCUCUAACCGGAUGGAGCCUCCUGCGCCACCAGUUGUGAGCCCCACUGCUGAAUCUCCGGGAGGCGUGGCGCUUAAAGUCGCCACGACCGUGCUGCACCCGGUGUGCCUGGGAGACAGCCCGCUGAUGCUGCCCAUUCACCUCCAGAUGGCCGGAGCAGCCGGAGCGCAGCUCGGCCAAAUGGGGGCAGCACCGUACUUGAUAACAAGCCAGAGCCCUGUUUCACUUCCCCUGGUCCUGGAUCAGCAGGUCCUCCAGCACAUGGGCCCCUCUGUGAUUCCUCAGAGCACUAACUGCCCUCAGCUGCCGCUCCAGAACAACGUCCUGUGUCCCAAUCUGUUUGGUUUGCCUCCAGCGGUGGACCAGAAGUCAGCAGGACAGACGCAGGAUGCUAACCUUCUCUCUCUCCUGCAGAAUCCAGCUUUUGCUGCCAUCCUGCAGGAUCUCUUCCCGUCCCAGGCCGGUUCAUCAACCUGUCAGUCACCGGGCUCCACCUUCCUCCCGCUUCCUCCCCUCACAGCUCCCUACAGCUCCCCUCUGGCCCCGUUAGUCCCUCCUGCCACACUUCUGGUCCCCUACCCUGUCAUCAUCCCCCUGCCGGUUCCUCUGCCCGUCCCUCUUCCCAUCCCCAUCCCUGUCCCUCAGGCUGAGGACUCAAAGGGGAACAUGCCAAAACCGGUUUGCACUGUGAGUAAAAGCACUCAAACGUCUCCAAAAGAUACUACCUCUCCUUCGUUGUCUUCACGCAGAUGCAUGCCAUCGUUCCAGCCGCAAAAUGUGUCUCCGUCCUCGCUCCCUGUAGAUGAGGGACAGGCUCUGGACCUUUCUGUCAGAGCGUGUCCAGUUGAACUAAAACAGGAGUACCCCAGCCCUCAGCAGGACAGCGUGCUCGACUUGUCAGUGCCCGCUGUGAGGAAAAAGUGCGUUCAGUCCGACAGGGAAGCAGCGUUGCGUUCUGGCCAAGACGCUAGUGGCACGUCUUUGUCUCUGGGUGUUGAAUGCACUCCGAGUUUAGAUUCCAAACUCCUGGGCAGUCUGGCCUCGCUGGAGUUCAGCCGGCAGCACAAGUGGGUGGUUGACAGCAGCGCCGGUGGGUCGAGUUCUCUGAGUCAGCAGGCGUCUCUGAGCGCAGCCGGCAACCUGGAGAUAGUCAGCACCUCGCAGACGGCCAAAGUCAUCGUCUCGGUGAAGGACGCCAUCCCCGCCAUCCUCUGCGGAAAGAUCAAAGGCCUGUCGGGAGUCUCCACCAAGAACUUCUCCAUCAAACGGGACGGCAGCCAGGGGCCGUCUCUGCAGCAGCUCUACGGCGUGCCGUCUGCGUCCCACGGCGAGCAGCACGACCCCAACAACCCGCAUAAGAAGCUCCCUAAGAACAGAGCCAUCAAACUGAAGAAGGUCAGCUCGCAGGAGAUCCAUUUCCUGCCCAUGAAGAAGCAGCGACUUGCAGCGCUGCUCCCCAGGAAGUGAGAGCGCUCGGCCCAGGAGGAUUAAUACUUGGAGGGCUCUCUGGUAACCCCUCCACAGCGUGUAACAUAACACACUUGUGGGGACAUUUCUGUGAUCAAACUCAUACACUCCAAAUGUUGCAUAAGCUGAGGCUCAUGAGUGUCUGACAGCGUGACACCGUAGUUACAGAAAUGUGUUCCGUUGGGAGUUUUCAGACUUCUCUACAGUGUUAUACUCCAGCAGGAACGUUUUUGCGUAUGGCAUCGUAAUGGGCUCUCCGUGUGGCUUUGGAGAUGGUCUUUAUAAAUCAGAGAUAUUGAGGGAACAUUUUUUGACUUUAUAAUUACAGCAAAGACACAUGGGUUCCAGUUUUCCAUUUGGCAUCAUGGUUUGUUUCCAUAUGUAACUUUUAUUGAAGUGCACUGAAGACCUAAAACCAAUCCUGAUAGUUGAGGUUCUCACUGAUCAGAGCAGAGCAGUAUGUACUGGCAGGACGUGGCCGAGACUGUUUAAACGUGUCCCAUGGUCGGAAAUUCCCAUAGUCAUCAGUCGCUCACUGAAGCGAUGCAUUCUCCGAUAGGGGUUUAGCAUGACAGGCUAAUAAUGACUUGGCAAGGCCAGAGCCACGAUUUCAUAAAAAAAAAUAGCCUACAUGUUGGCAACAGCCAUCAGUCAUGACUAAAUACAUUCUUAUUUUGUUUAAGGGCAGGGGAGAAAAAGGGACGUCUUAAUUGUCUUCACAUUUAAAUAGAACUUUGUACAGGCCUGUCCAAAUAUAAGGAAAGUAUUUCUGGAAAAGAGCUAUUUUAGUUGCUGGCUGAAUUAGCCGUUUUUGAUUAGCUGGCAGUGCUUCAAAAUACAAGCCAACGCGGAGAAAACCCCUCACAGCAAGUGCAUGAAACACUAGAG